UUGUGCCGGUGCUGGGCCGGGCCGGGCCGGGGACUUGUGCCGGUGUCGGUGCCGAGCCGAGCCGGUGCCGGGUCAAGGGCCGGCGUCGGUGUCGUUGCCGGGCUGGGGACUGGUGCCGGUGCCGGUGCCGGUGCCGUAACCGUAGCGCCAGACGAUGCUGUUCUCCCUGCGCGAGCUCGUGCAGUGGCUCGGCUUCGCCACCUUCGAGAUCUUCCUGCACGGGCUGGCCCUGCUCGCCUUCUCCGUGCUGCUCGUGCUCAAGGUGGACGGCGCGGCCGCCGCGCUCUCCUGGUGGAUCGUGUUCGUGCCCUUCUUCGCCGCCGACGGGCUCAGCACCUACUUCACCACCAUCGUGUCCGUGCGGCUGUUCCAGGACGGGGAGAAGCGCCUGGCGGUGCUGCGGCUCUUCUGGAUCCUCACCAUCCUCAGCCUCAAGUUCGUGUUCGAGAUGCUGCUGUGCCAGAAGCUGGUGGAGCACACGCGGGAGCUCUGGUACGGGCUCAUCAUGUCGCCCGUCUUCAUCCUGCUCCAGCUGCUCAUGAUCCGGGCCUGCCGCGUGAACUGAGCCCGGCCCGGGGGACGUGCCCGGAGCCGCUCCCCUCGCUGUCCCCUGCGGAGGGGAAGGUGACAGGCCGGGACAGGGCAGUGCCCCGCUCGCGGCCGUGUUGCGGAGCAGAGCAUCACGUUUCUCCAAAAGCUGCACAUCCCUGUUUGUGCUCCCUCAGCCCCUGCCUUGUCCUGUCCCGCGAGCGCGGCUGGGCGUGACAGUUAUUUUAUUUUAGAAUAAAAAUGCGUUGAAGGAU